GAGCAAAUGAAGGUACUUUAAAAUAACACGAUUCGGUAUAUCGUGUGUAAUAAUUAAGGAUUGUGAGGUCAGAAAUUCAUACAAAACGACAUAUGUAAUUUACGUUUGAAUGAAUUAAAUGAUGAAUACUGUAUAAAUCGAGGAAACUUAUAAAUGGGGUAUAAAAUAAGGGAAAACCCGCGGCAACGUGGUGUUACUGACAGCUGGCAUGCGUGAUGCGUGUGAAAAAGAAAACAAGCGGGGCAAGUUGAAUGCCACGACCCGUUUUGCGCUACAUUUUUGCGCCACGAACAAAAUAAGAGAUUUCCGAAAUAAUGAGCGUGAUAACGGUGCUACCUGGGGACUCAUUAAUCUAAUAUAAAAAAAGUAAACAUACUCUGAUAAACGGAAUAACCGUUAUCGCGAGUACUUUUUUUUGUGAUUCAUUCGGUUUUUGAAUGUCCUGCAAUUGAUACUACAGUGCAUGGGAUCACAAUAAAUUCGCACAGAUAUUUCCGCUAUGAGUUCCACAAACCUCAGCACCCUCGACCGCAUCCAGCUUGAAAUAAAAGAAUCCAUACAGAGGGAAAAAGAGCUGAGAAAUGGCUACUCCAAUCCCCCACUGAAACAAAACGGUUUUAACGGAGUCCAUUUGACUAAACCAGAAGAAAACAACGUAAAGAAACCCCAAAAUGGCUUCAAGAAAUUCAGUCAAAACUUCGCCAAUACCAAAGGCGUUAUGCAUAAGUUUAUAAAAUCGAGAGGCAGAUUAGGCAUGACCACUAUGAAUGCUAGUAAUAACAAAAAUUCUUGGCAGAGUGAUAAUACAUUUCAACCUGCCAAAAUUUAUAUAGAAAAAGGCAAAUCUGUUAGGAAUGGAUUUAUACCAGCAGAAGAAAAGAUGAGGAAAGAGUUACAGGAAUUCCAGCAACGGGAAGCCCAACUGAGGGAAGAGAGGAGAAAAAGUCAGCCGAACCUGAUGGCGGCUUUGCAGCUAGAAGAAGAAAGCGAUUUUGACGAUUUUAAAUACACCGGCGGAGGGCUGAAAGCAGCUAAGUCUAUGGCCAACUUAUAUAACAAUAAUAGUGAUGAUGGUUUUGAAGAUAAUGGCAGUUCUGCGGGUGGUAGUUUAAAACCUGCUCGCAGUUUAGCCGAGUUGUGCGAUGUGUCAGAUGAUGAAGGUGGUUUACCAGGUACCCAUUCGCUGAUAAUGCAAUUCGAAAACCUGCAAUUUAAAAACCGAUCUUCAUCACAGUCCUCGAAAGGAUCCUAUUCUAAAGACUUUUAAUUUAAUUUAUUUUGUGAUAAUUUUGCGAUAAUCUGGUGUCACUUCUUUAUUACUUAAGAGUUUAUUUAUAUAUAUUUUGCACCCUUUUAAAGAUAUUUACGCCUGCUUACUUUCGACUUGUUCAAUUCAGUAUUAGUCUGAGAUAAAAAAAAGAAAGAUUUAUUUAUUCGCACGUAUUUAUUUUAUUUAUAUUUAAGUUGGUGAUAUUUGAUCCAAAUCUGUUCAAUUAUCGCGGAUUAAAUUGAAUGGUUUUUGGGAAUUAAAUAAAUCAUGUCUUAAAAUAGGUAUUAUUGUCUAAAAGUAUUAAAAAUAUUGCUUGCCUUAUUAGAACAAUAAUGUGAUGGUAAUGUUAGGAAUUUGUGGCGUUUUUAGCUGUUCCUUAUAAAAAAAAGUCUUCCUAUAAAAUACAUUCCAUAUCUUUACAGAAGUAAACUACCAAAUAAAUAAUUGAUGAUAGAAACCAUAUUUGUUGAGUAUGUAAAAAAGUGCCUCUUAAAUAUGUAUUGGCGUUUUUUAUCAUCAAUAUGAUUGUUGACUUUUCAGACCCAUCUUGUGCCGAUUGUUAGUUAUUUGUACACAUUUGUUUGUUUUACAGAGUGUAUUUAUACAAAGAAACAGUGCCUGCUAAUGUGCCUUAAAAAUAUACAAUAAACCUAUUUUUGUAUACCUAUAAUUAUAUCUGUAAAUGUAUUAUAAUGACAUUCUGAUAGCGGAUCUCUCUCGUUAUCUUAUUGGGAUUAUCGAUGAUGUUAAAACAUUGUUUUAACAAAUUAACAUCAGUAUGCGACCUACGCAAUUUAUUUUUAUAUAAAUAUAUCACAUUUUGGGUUA